AUGGAUUUUCAAUUUCAUCCUGUAACUAAUGAAGAUGAAGAACUUUAUAAACAACAUUCGCAAGGUAUUGAGCAAAAAGUACGUGAAGUAUUUCCGUCAAUUCCAUCUAGUUUCGUAUUGAAACCAGUAACACUUCGUAAAAUGAAUGCAUGUGCUAUGAUAUACGAUUUUAUGAUUGGCUUACCUGAUGGUACAUUUGCGAAGGUUACAUUUAGUGUCGGUGGUUUUCCAUCAGGACCAUCUGCUGUUGAAGAAGAACAAAUUUAUCGUGUUGAUGAAACGUCAUAUCCAUCUAGCUACCCGACCCGUUAG